AUGGACAGUCGCGGCCGGAAAGUCAUUGUCUGCGACAACGGGACAGGGUUUGUGAAAUGCGGCUAUGCUGGCACUAAUUUCCCUGCUCAUAUAUUUCCAUCAAUGGUUGGUCGACCAAUCAUUCGUGCACACAACAAAAUUGGUGAUAUCGAAGUUAAAGAUUUGAUGAUUGGUGAUGAAGCUAGUCAGUUACGAUCUAUGUUAGAUGUCACAUAUCCAAUGGAAAAUGGAAUAGUGAGGAAUUGGGACGAUAUGUGCCAUGUUUGGGAUUAUACUUUUGGACCAAAAAAGAUGAAUAUUGAUCCAAAGGAAUGUAAAAUUAUGUUAACAGAACCUCCAAUGAAUCCAAUAAAAAAUAGAGAAAAAAUGAUAGAAGUGAUGUUUGAAAAGUAUGAAUUUAAUGCUGUUUAUGUAGCUGUUCAAGCUAUUCUAACAUUAUAUGCUCAAGGUUUGCUUAGUGGAGUAGUUGUUGAUUCUGGUGACGGUGUUACUCAUAUUUGCCCUGUAUAUGAAGAGUAUGUUUUACCACAUUUAACUCGAAGACUAGAUAUCGCAGGUCGUGAUGUCACUCGUUAUUUAAUAAAGUUGUUACUAUUAAGAGGAUAUGCUUUCAAUCAUUCUGCCGAUUUUGAAACUGUAAGAAUGAUGAAAGAAAAGUUAUGUUAUGUUGCAUACAACAUUGAGACUGAACAAAAAUUAGCUUUGGAAACUACUGUUCUUGUACAGUCAUACACAUUACCAGAUGGUCGUGUUAUCAAAGUUGGUGGUGAAAGGUUUGAAGCGCCUGAAGUAUUAUUCCAGCCACAUUUGAUAAAUGUUGAAGGCCAAGGUAUUGCAGAACUAGUGUUUAACACAAUCCAAACUGCUGAUAUUGAUAUGAGAACUGAAUUAUACAAACAUAUUGUGCUCUCUGGUGGUUCAACAAUGUAUCCUGGACUACCGUCAAGACUGGAACGUGAAAUUAAACAACUUUAUGUGGAACGAGUGUUGAAAAAUGAUACAACUACCUUAUCAAAACUUAAAAUCCGUAUUGAAGAUCCGCCGUUGCGUAAAGACAUGGUGUUUAUUGGUGGAGCUGUAUUAGGUGAAGUAACCAAGGAUAGAGAAUCGUUUUGGUUAUCACGCGAGGAGUACCAGGACAGAGGAAUAUCUAUUUUGGAUAAGCUUGGGCCAAGAGCUGGAUAA